AUGUCUGGCUCCGUCUCGCCAGGUUAUAACGAAAACCCCUUUGCUUCUUCGCAUUCUCUCGACACGAAUCCGUUUGAAGACCCCGUGAAACCCACGGACAAUGACACGCGACUGGAGGAGUUGAGGCAGAGAGAAGCAGAUCUGGCAAGGCGAGAACGCGAGCUUGCCCAGAAACAGGACCACAUCCGGAGACACGGCCGCAACAACUGGCCCCCUUACUUCCCACUGCUAUUCCACUCAAUUCGAGAUGAGAUACCUGAAGCGUCGCAACAAUUGAUCACCCGCUUGUAUCAGAUCUGGCUUGUGCUCGCUGGUACCCUGGUGGUGAACAUGGUGGCCUGCAUCUGUAUACUUGCGUCUGGCUCAUCCAAUGGUGGCAGCGAUCUCGGUUCAAGUAUUGGUUAUGUGAUCUUCAUCACCCCUUUGUCUUUCUUGCUAUGGUACCGUCCUAUCUAUAAUGGUUACAUGAAGGAGCAGGCACUAUACUAUUACCUCUUUUUCUUCUUUGGAGGAUUCCACCUGCUAUUCUCGGUGUACAUGAUCAUUGGGAUCCCAAGUACUGGGUCCGCUGGUCUCAUCCAGACUAUUCAGGCUUUCACGAAGCCUUCGCUUCCUGCGGCCAUUGUCGGAACGGUAGCCACUGUCGGAUGGAUCGCGCAGGGUGUCGGCUUGGCCUAUUACUACCGCCAGAUCUGGGCCCAUCACAAUGCUGCUGGACACUCCGUGGAAAAGGCAAAGACCGAGCUUGCUACGCACGGUGCGAAAGCGUAUUUCACCCGAGGAUAG